UGCCUAAGUCUGACAUUCUGGUGCAUCGUUUGCUGAAAAUGGCAACUUCAUUUCAGAGAUUCAUUGAUUCUUUGGACCCCAAAACCCUUCCCAGGGUGCUACAGAUACAAGCUGGAGUUUAUUAUGAAGACUCACCGUGUGAACAAUUUGGAAAUGAACGUACUCUUUCAACAGAAGAAGUUAUGCAAAUCAUAGGAUUCAAAGUCAAGAAGGUUACAGCACACAUUUAUAGCAGAAAUGAAGAUAAGGAUAUGCUGGAUACAAUGGAUUUGCCUCCUGAUUUUUCUGGUUUGUUUAGGCUCAUUGCUGAUGAAACACCAUAUUGUUCUAUUGGAGAGCUCACGAGGGAACUUUAUGUUAGACCCUCACACUUUGGCUUGCUAAGAUUCCGUAGUGAUAUUGAUCUUGAAGUUGGAAACUUCACCGUUAGCAAAGAUGAGCAAAUCCUGAUAAGAGACUUAAAAGAAGUGAACGAGGUCAUGUCUGUGAACUGUGAAGUGUUGAUAAAGGGAGAUCUCCACUCAUUUGACUUACCAUUAUCUUAUGAAGGAAAGUUUUAUGAAUGUCAAGAUGAGAAAACGUACACAUUGAAUGAAAUAUUAAGCUGGAAAAUACCAAGCAAUCGAAAAAGGAAUGUAGUUCUUUCAGAUGUUAUGGAGAUUUCGGACAUAAGCAAACUAUGUCCUAAAGGAUUGGAAUGGUUUAUGGUUUUGAAGCCAGUAUAUGAAGUAGAAGCUAUGCUACAAUUUCGACAUGACAUUAUUUGUCUGUUAUCUGACCUGGACAUUGACGUAAUAGACAUCACCCAUCGUUUUGACAUGAAAUAUUUUUCCCAGAUGGUAACUACCCAUGAGAUCUUUGAAAGAAAUAGCAAAGAAUUUCCCAUGAUAGUGGAAAUAAUAAGCAGUCCAGUCACAAAAUGUAUUUUUUCCAAUUUGUUAAUGCCUGGGAAGAAGAUAAUCAUUCAUAAAAAACAUCAAUCAGAUAGAGUUAUAGCCUCUGAGUUCAGCAGUUAUUCACCAAAGAAGCAUUUCCUAAUUCCGUCUAAUUACAAAGGAAAGUUUAAGAGGAAAGCCAGGAUGUUCUCUACUGUUUAUGACUUGAGAAUUGCAAAGAAUGAGCGAGAUGACCUCCAUGUUGUUGCCACCAAGGCAUUCCAUUCACCAUAUAAAGAAUUUUCCUCUAUCUGUGUUGGGGACCAGUUUCUAGUAAAAACAUUCCAGUCCAAAGAAAUGUUAUUUGAAGGGAAAAAAACUGUUGUAGAUGCAUUAAUUUGUAUUAAAAUGACAGAGACACCAUUUACUGAAGUUAGUCUCCCACUAUAUGUAGAGGGUGGUUUUGUGGAAGUCGUACAUGAUAAGAAAAAAUACUACUUAACUGAGUUGUGCAAAAGCUUCCAAUUACCAUUAAACGUAAAAGUCUCUAUAAGAGAUUUGUUUGCUGUGGGAGAGGAUAUUUUAGCCACUACAUCAGUUUUACAGCUAGAAGAGCAAAUUACAGACUCAUACUUACUUGUCAGUACAUUAAAUAGACCAGAAGAGGUCUGGGAACUCCCAGUUCAGAGGCAAAAUCUCACUGUCCAGCUAAUAAGCAGUUUUCAAGGGAAAACUUUCUCAUCACCAACCAGAACAAAUAUAGAGGAAGUUAAUGAAGAGGACUAUUAUAUGUUGAGAAGAUAUGAAAACCAAGUCCAGCAUCCACCUCCUCGGCCUCCAAAAACACCUCUGUGUGCUGAACCUGCAACAAAAAUACCUGAGGUUAACGUAAUUCCUAAGAGUUCUUCAUCAGCUGAAGAAAAUGGAGGUGCUUCUGAAUUAUUAGGCAGUAGUCAAGAAGAUAGACUGAUAAUGUGCACAGAGAAAAAAAUAAGUGUGAUAACUAAAGAUGCCGUUGCUGAUAAUAGGCCCAAAGUUGGAGGACAACUGCCGAGAAAAAAAUGACUUCUUUCUCUAACUUUAUUGAAUUUACACAUAGUCACUUUGCUGUUGCAUAAUUACUUGAUAGUACUGGAGUACUUAAAGAUACAUAAGCGUCCAAUAACCAAAUGUUCUAAUGUGUUUUAUAAUUGCACAAAUACUUGCCUUUAACUAUCAGUUAAAGUCUGCUCAGCAGCCACAAUGCAUUACCACU